GCCUCUUUCCUGCAUCCGGGACUGGUUGGCCGGCUCUGAAACCUAGCUAGCGGCAUGGAGGUCCAUGGCGAAACCCCGUCCAGCCCGAGUUCUUCCUCGUCCCCCAAGGAUGGCUCCGAGGUCUCGGUGUCCAAGGAGCUGCUGACGGCAGGGAGCGGCGGCCGCGGAGGUAUAUGGGACAGAUUGCUCAUCAACUCCAAGCCUAAUUCCAGAAAGAAUUCCACUCUUCAAACAGUUCGGAUAGAGAGGAGUCCCUUAUUGGACCAGGUACAGACCUUUCUCCCACAGAUGGCUCAGGCGAAUGACAAGCUAAAAAAGGAAAUGGCAGCUGCACCACCUGGUCAUUUCAAUAUUGAAAACAUUGAUGAGACGCUUGGAAAAGUUAUACAAAUGGAUGUGGCUUUGUUUGAGAUGAAUCAGUCUGAUUCAGAAGAAGAGGACAGUUCAAAAGAGAAUUCACAGGCCAGUUCGGAGGACAGCUCGGAAUCUGAGGAUGAGGAUGACAGCUCCGGUUCUGAAGUCACCAUAGAUAACAUCAAGCUCCCCCACUCAGAAGACGGAAAAGGCAAGAUAGAAGUUUUGGACAGUCCUGCCAGUAAAAGAAAGAAAUAGUGAAAUAAAUGAUCUCAGAAACAGGUGAUCUAUGCCUUCUAAUUCUGUGAAAAAGAAUGCAGCUUGCCGGUUAUUUUGCAUUUCAGGUGUAUGGUGCUUUUGUGUCACGUUGGAUGUGUUUUGGUUCUCGGAAAAACAGCAGCUGACUUUUAUUAAAGAGUGGGAAUAGGUACAUUUGGGGAUCUUCUAAGAGCAGAUUACCUCUGAUCUCAUGGCUAAAGAGAUUUAGUUUAGAAAGCUUAACUUUAUUUUUGGUGAUGAGUGAAUUUGUUGGCUUUUUUUCCCUUCAGCAUAGACUUCAGACAUAACCAGUGUGUUUAUUUUUUUCAUCCUCACCCGAGGACGUUUUUUCAUUGCUUUUUAGAGAGGGUGGCGGGGAGAGAGAGGAAUGCAAUGUGAGAGAAACAUCAAUCAGUUGCCUCCUGUAUGUGCCCCGACUGCUGAUCAAACGCACAACCUGUGUAUACACCCUGCCCAGGAAUCGAACCCUCAGCCUUUCGGUUUAUGGGACGAUGCUCACCUGCAAAUCACCUGUUCAUUUUUGUUUUAAAUUAUCAUCUCAGGUAAAACAACCGAGGUCGGGGGUUUUUUUUGUUAUUAUAAGUUCAGAUUUGUUUGUUAGCAUCAAAGUGGGUUUAGUGAGAGCGAAAUUUUUGAGAUAGAUCUCUUACAAUAAAAAGAAUUACUUAGAUUCAGCUGCCUUCAGGCGUAUGUCCUUUCAUUUAAAAAAUAUAUUCUCUUCUAGUAUGAGCUAUGAAACUGGUUCUCUGUGGGUUUAAUCACUGUUGGUAACUCUGCAGCCACUCAAUGGAUAUAGAAUUUACUGAUUGGAGAAAUUUAUGGUUUUUGUUUUCAUUUUUUACAUAAUGCAAAAAUUUUUUCUCAGCUAUUAGAACUAUUUUACAUAGUUGCCCACAGUUUGAAAGCUAUCAAAUGUGGAAAAUAGGGACACCACAGGAAAAAUAGGGCACAGAACACAAGAAGGUUUUCCUAUUCAAAGGCAAAAAUGGCCCUACACUGGAGUCGACUUUCUGCCUCAUUCUCUACCUUAUUAAACUGGUUCAGACCUCAUCUGCCAUAGGGCUGGCUUGACUCAGGACGUGGGUCUGAGAAUUUAAGGGACUGUCUCCAAGCAGGGUGCUGAUGGGAUUUUGUCCCCUAAUGUUCUAGGUCUCUUGAACUAUUUUUCCUAUUCUUCACCUUAGCCUUGAAUACUCUAACAUAAUUCUCAAGGUUCAUUCUGGUGUUUCCCAUUGGAAAUUGGAACCAGAUCUCCCAGGCUAUGCCUCACUAGACGUAGGAAGAAAUGAACAGGUCUGGAAACAGGACUUCUCAGCUGGAAAGGGUAUUGUGCUUUACUCCAUAGCACCACACACAGUUGUGAUGAAUUAUUGGUGUAAAUAUUUAAAGAUUGUUUUCUACCAGGUAAUUUAUGCUGUAUCAGGGGAAGAGUUGCAUUUGUCUGAUUCACUACUUAGCAUGGUGCAUGGUACACAGUAGGCACUGAAUAAAUAAUUAACAGGUGUGGGACAUUUUAAGUCAUGGUAGGCUGCUCCAGCUGGAGGCUAUGCAGGUGUAACUUUACAGGAAGUGCAUAUCCAAGUAGAAAUAGACUGAUCAGUGAUAGAGGCUAGUCAGUCUAGACAUACAUACUAGUAUGUAGAAUUUAAAUAUUUUUCUCCUGCUUUGGUUAUAUGAUAGAAUGAGGCAUCUUACACAGUUGAGGAAGCCAGUUAAGUUCAGGUCCUCUGGACAUUUUUAUGACACUGGAGAAAAAAAGGAAAACAUUUAAUAUAUGAUAAGGAUGUCAUUUAAGCAAGUGUAAUAUAGAAUAGUUAUUUAAUGUACAAAGUCAGGACUGGGUAUUUUUAAGCAAGGUUAGAUUCCAGCCUCAUACCAUGGGCUAAGAUAAAUUAGAGAUGGAUUAAAGAUUUAAAUAUAAAGAAGUCAAAUUAUAAGGUUUCCAUACUAAAAUGGUGAUUAUUUAAUAAGCUUUUUAAAAAAGCAGAUCAUUAAAGCCUGAAAUCACAAAGGAAACAGCAAAAAAUUCAUCCACAUAAAUAUUAGAAACCAGUGAGUGACAAAUUUAAAGAGCAAAGGACCAACUGGGAAAAAUAUUUGCAGUAUAAGACAAAUAGUGAGUGCCAUUAGUAUAUACAAGGCUCUUUAAAUUCAUAAGAAAAGUCAAUAUCUCAAUAGUGAAAAUAGCAUAGAACACGAACUAGUAACAAAAAAAUUGUUCAGCCCCAUUUAUCAAAGACAAGUGAAUGAAACCAAGAUUGUACCAUUCUUGCCAUGUAUAAUGCACACUUUUUUGCCUAAAUUUUUGAGGGAAAAAUAAGGAUGCGCAUUAUACAUAGGUAAUAUUAAUCCUGUAUCUAUAUAAAUGUUUUUAAUUCGUUUAUUUUUGCUAAUGCUUUAAAAAGUGUAACUCCAGAAAGCAAUAAUGAUAUCCGUAUGCAAAAUAAUACCCUAGAAUACGUUCAUCAGUUUUGUUUCUAAAUAUAAAUAAAUUAAAAAUUGAAUUAAAAAAUUAAAAGAUUUCUUUCGUGAAAAUUUGGUCCAAAAAUGUGGGAGCACAUUAUACACGGCCAAAUAUAGUAUAUUUUUACCUAUCAAAUUGGCGGAUGAAACUACCUAGUGAGCCCUUUCUGUGUGUCAGCACUAUUUUAAAUGUUUUACAUUUGAGUUACCACCAUUCAUAUGUAUAUAAAAAUUUAUUGAGUUGUACAAUGUACGACAUUGGUGCACUUUAUGUAUUUUACACCUUAAUUUAAAAGCUGUUUUGUUUAUAAGCAGUUUGCCUUACAGUCUAUCGGAAAGGAAAUCGCUGUUGUGCUUUGGUUGCCCCAUGCCCAUUCCCAAGUGACCCUGUGCUUCCUCUGCCUGACGCUUAGGUGAGAGAGGAUGGCAGCCAUUUGGAGAAUGGUUCUGUUCCUGCUAAGGCUGAUGAAAUGUUCUCUUUAGAGUUGUGGGUUAUUAUAGCAACUGUGGCUCUGGGAGCAUUAUAAAUCAGAAAAUUAGGUGUAGUAGUCUUUGAAGCAAAAAUUUCAUUCUGAAUGAAUCUACAAUCUGUUUUCACACUUUAAUUCUACAUCAAAUAUGUACGUCCACACACAAAAAUGCCUUGCAAAGUUGUUUGUAGUUGGUAUUCUUGUGCCUGUAUCCACUACUACAGUAGGAAAGAUAAGAAAAGAGUUGUCUUAACUUUCUUCUGUAUUUUCCUCAGUGCCUGGUAUAUGUAGUGCCUUUCAUUUGGUUGGAAUGUACAAUAAA